UUUUGAGAGGAGCAUGCGAGAGGGACACUUCGUAUCUUUGCUGACGGUACGCAAUGGAUGGACUGGGGGUCGCUGGGCUUCAAAGGGAAUUCUGUCGGCGAGUGGAACGUACGCCGCAGGAUUUAGUCUAAUGGUGGAAGAUCUUCAUGUUUUUUCGGAUAACACAGCGCUCAAUGGGAUUCGUCUUCACUGCACCAGUCUCUUUAAAAGCUCAGAGCAUGACAGUGUCAUUCAAUCCAACGUAGGAAGCUGGGGUCAGUGGACAAAAAUCAAAUGGUGUCCUUCUGGAUUCUUGAAAGCUUUUCAGCUAAGAGUCGAAUCUCCCCAAGGAAUUAAAGACGACACGGCCGCAAACAACAUCAGAUUCAACUGCACUGGAGGGGAUGUGCUGCUGGGUGACGGCACAGACAGGGGCGAGUGGGGCGAGUGGAGUCCAUCGUGUCAGGGAAGAGGGAUGUGUGGCAUCAUGACGCGGAUAGAAGAGCCGCUGAGAUUCGGAGAUGACACGGCUCUCAAUGACGCGCGCAUGUUCUGCUGCGAUUAAGAUGAUGCGAUCGCAAUCAAACACUCGGAUUGUCACAGAACAACUGAGUUUGUUUUUUAUUCAGGUGUAAAGAAGACGGCGACAAGAAGAACAGCAAGAGAAUCAAAGGAGUAUAAUAACUGAUCAAAUACUAUGAUGAGCUAACAUAAACCAUGUCACACCACAGUUUUGUAAGGGAUCAUGCUCAAUCAGCAGCGUUAUCACCAAAUAAAGAACAGGAUAAUCAAGA